AUGGCAGCUAUGGAUGAGCUAGGCACUCAACUACAGUCGCUACAGGCUCUCAAGCCCCCAGGUGUUACACCGACCAAGAUCAAGGCCAUCACGCAACUAUGCGUCGACAACAUUCAGUCCCACUCGAUUAUCGUUCAGAAGAUCGCAAAUCAGCUCCAAAACAGCGUCGCCACACAUAAGCUAGGAGUAUUAUACGUUGUAGAUGCAGUCGCUCGCCAAUGGGUCGAAAAAGCCAAGCAGGCCGGCCAAACCGUGUCCAAAAAUGCUGCACAAGGAACAUAUGCCUCAGGCGUGCAGAUGAUGAGAGAUGUACUACCAGCUAUGAUGGAUAACCUUAUCAACGCGGCACCAGACACCCAGAAGGAGAAGAUUUCGAAACUUUUAGACAUCUGGGAACGUGGCCAAACGUUUUCCCUCGAUAUGCUCGCUCGCUUCAAGCAGCAGCUAAAUGGCGGUCAGCAUAGCGUACAAGCACCUUCAGAGCCACCAAAGAGCAACGGCGCAGUAUCGACUUUCAAUGGACACACUAACCAACAGCUACCACCUCAAGCACAAUCGUCACAAGAUCAAGCUGCCCUCUAUGCUGCACUUGCUGCUGCUGGUCAGCAAACUGCGCACACUAACGUUUCUCACACAGCACCUUCUGCAUUUCCUUUCCAACAGAGCAUGGUGCCGCCCCCACCCCCUGGUUUCGUGCCUCCCCCGCCAACUGGAGCGAUGCCCCUUGGAGCAAUCGGGCAACCCGGGCUACCUGUCCCACCUGCUGGCAUGAAUGAACUCGCAGGUCAAAUUUUGCAAGCCAUGAGCUCUGGGUCUAUUCAGCCCGACCAGGCUAUACAGGUACUCAAUGCAUUGGCCACAGCUUCGAAUGGAGGAAUGACUAUCCCCCUUCCACAACCGUCAGUUGUUACGCAAACCCCGUUGCAGACUCAGUCCGCCGCCCAAAAUGGUGGCCAAGCAGAGCGAUAUGAUCAGAACGACAGUAGAAUGCGAGACCGUAGCCGUUCACCUGACUAUCAACGUCGACGUUCGCCUGCGCAUAGAUCUCCUCCAGUUGCAAAUCGUCGCGAGAGUCCUACAUAUGGUGUCUACGACCCUAAUGCAGGCCCUGAGGGCAAUGCACAACGCUUUGAGCGAGGUGAGCGCGGCCGUGGUCGUGGUAAACAGAGGGGAGGAGGCCGUAAUGAUCGUAAUGAGUAUCGACAGCGCACUCCACCUCGACGACAGCCAAGUCCGCCUAGAGCUGCUUAUGGACAGUCAAAGUAUAUUGAGUGGGAUGACACUCUACCGCGCGAUCACAUCCGGGUACUAAGUCGUACAUUAUUCGUAGGCGGUGCUGGCGGAACAGAAGGUGAGAUAAGGAGCAUCUUUGCUCGUUUCGGUAGAGUGCAAACGUGCAUUGUCAACCAGGAUAAGCGCCAUGCUUUUGUCAAGAUGUUGACCCGACCGGAUGCCGUUGCUGCCAAGCAGGGUAUGGAUUCACUUCAAGAUCCCGCUGCGCAGUCCAAAGCGCGUCAGACUCGAUGGGGUGUCGGCUUUGGUCCUCGUGACUGUAGUGAUUAUACAACAGGCAUCAGUGUGGUUCCUAUUUCCCGACUUACAGAUGCUGACCGCAAGUGGGCUUUAACUGCUGAACAUGGUGGCACUGGCGGUCGAGCACUUGAAGGAGGCAUGGUAAUCGAAGAGCCGGACAUUGAGAUUGGCGCUGGUGUCUCCUCCAAAGCAAUUAGCCGUCGUGUACCCACUGACGCUCCACGCGGUGGGCGUGGAGGCUUUGGUGGACGUGGAGACUUCAGUGCCCGUGGAGAUCAUGGCGGGCGUGGUAACUUCAACGGACGUGACAACUUCAGCGAGCGUGUAGACCUUGGGCGCAACGACUUCGGCGGCGGACGUGGCGGCGGCGGUGGCUUCGACAACAGCGGCCCAGCCAAGUUCCGCAAACAAGACCAUCGUCCCGCCAACGAUCCUCGCCACAUAUCUCCUAGGCCUGAGCAAGGUGUUGCCGUUCCGCCUGCAGUUCCUGGCUUCGGUUUCCAGCUUCCAGGGUUGGGUCUCGAACACAGUAAUUAUAUCAAACCCAGUAGUGCGAGAGUCUUCAUGGACGAAUUCACCCGCAAAUCAAUCGACCCCAGGAUGCAUGAUUAUGGCGGUCAAUUUCUCUUCAUAUUUUCAAAAGCAUUGCAAGGCGUUGUGGCGAGCGACUGCGACUUUGCCAAUAUGAUAUUCGUUGGCGGCCUACAUGGGCACGACUUCUGA